GACAACGACCAACAUAAUAAUAAAAACAAAAUAAAAAGUCAACAUAACGACACAAAAUUUUUAAGUGGAAACUUUCACAAUAAAAUAAAAAAAUCAUAAGACCUAGUCUAAAGUAAACAUCCACCGUCAACAAAAUAAUAAAGUACAAUAAAUAUUUAUUAAAUUGGCAGAUUUAAAUAUCAUCCACAUUCUGAAAAAAAUAAAAAAUAUAUUUAAAUAUCCAGUAGUGUAUAAUUAUUAUAUGAAAAAGAUCUACUCUCGGACUCACUGUGGAGCUCAAGUAGCAGAGUUUCCACAUCCCAGUCUGUGCGUGCUCGGGACCGAGUCCUGGGGAAGGGGAGCCUUGGGCCCAGCCACGCUAGGAAAAAAAAAAAAAGAUCUACUCUCUUUUUUCUCCUCUUUAACAAAUCGACAAAAAUGUACUGCUUUUUCUCCCUCCUCUCUUUUUGUCUUUUUUCUUUCUCCUUUCUUUUUCUUCUUUUCUUCAUCUCUUCCCAAAGCUCAUUCUUUCCUCUUGCUUAAGAAAAGCUUCCACUCUUGCCCUUACUCUCUUCUUGGCUGCAAGCUUCACUUUGAAUGAUGUCCUUACUCCACCAAAGUACUCCUAUUUACAGGGAAAAGAAAUGAGUUGAGCUUGGUUCCUUUUCCAGCACGUAGGAGGCUUUAGGACCACAUGCUUUUUGUGGGUUUGGUUCCAACACUUUGCCACAACAAAACAAGGAAUAUAAGCAGCCACCACUGACUUUUUCCUUUUUUCUUUUUUCUUUGUGGUCGAAAAUACUUGUAUUGGAUAAGCAGCCACCACUGACUUUUUCCUUUUUUCUUUUUUCUUUGUGGUCGAAAAUACUUGUAUUGGAUAAGCAGCCACCACUGACUUUUUCCUUUUUUCUUUUUUCUUUGUGGUCGAAAAUACUUGUAUUGGCCUCCAAAAUCAUCAUCCAAAAAACAUAUUGGAUUGUUGAGGUUGCAAUUGCCAAAGAGAAACAGAGAUCUGAAACAUUGCAAUUGCCGGAGAGAAACAGAGUACAGAUAGAGAAAGAGAGAAAUGGAUAUAGUGACUUGUGCAUUAGCAGCUGGGCAAACAGUAACGGCGUUAGCAACUCUGACGCUACAACUUCUUAAUCACGAUGGAAGUAACAAUUCCGGAUAUGCUACAAGAAGAGAUGCAAGGGAAGCUGUUAAUGAACUUAUGAGAUGGCUUUAUAAAUUCCAAGCCUUUCUUGGUGACAAACAGAGAGACAAUGAUAGCAGCCGUGUGUCUCAAGAUUUUGUAAACCAGAUUCGAGAUUUUACGUUCGAUAUCGAAGAUGCUUUCGAUGAAUUCAUGUUUAAUGUGCCUCAUCACACCCACACCACAACAACUCUUAGGUUUGCACAUGAAUGGAAAUAUCAUGUACGGAGUGAAUUGAAGAAGUUGUGUUCCUGCAGAGAUGACAUUAGAAACAGGAUACAGAGCCAGAAUGAACUGAAGCGCCUACUAAACCAGGUUCGACCAGGUCAGGAAGCCAGUUCCAGUUCACAAGAGACUACGUUGACACAUAACAUUGUUGAAGAGGAGGGGAUGGUGGACUUUCAGAGUAGACACCAGGAUAGACUUGUGAGUCAGUUGACAAACACAGACCAACAACGGGCAACAAUUCUAGUGGUUGGUCCUGGUGGAUCGGGUAAGACCUUUCUAGCCAAGAACGUUUAUCAAGAUAAACAGGUUCAAGGUAAGUUUGAUUGCCAUGCUUGGAUCCAUGUUUCGCAGUCUUAUAAUGUGGAAACACUUAAGGAGGACAUGUUUAAACAACUCUCUCCAAGAAACAGUACUGAACAUACAUCUUUGUAUUACAAAAGGUAUCUGGUUGUUUUAGAUGAGGUUUGGAGAAAAGAAGAUUUUAAUGCUUUCGCGAAUGCGUUGCCACGUAAUUCCAAAGGCAGUAGAAUUAUUGUCACAACUCAGAAAAUUGAUGUAGCUGACCCAAACCAGUCCAAUAUUCAUAGAAUGGGCAAACUACACCCAGACGAAGCUUGGAAUCUAUUCUGCAUGAAGGCUUUUCGAGACAGAAAUGGAGUUUGUCCAGACGAGUUGCAGUCUUCUUCUUUGGAAAUCGUAGAGAGGUGUGAAGGGCUGCCUCUUGCUAUUGCUUUCGUUGGUACUUCGCUAUCAAAGAAGCAGCCUGUUCUACAUGAGUGGAAUAGAUUCUGCAAAAGCCUUGAUUUUGGGACAAAUCUUUCAGUUAUGAGACGGAUUCUACAGCCAAGCUUUGAGGAUCUUCAAGAUAAUCACAAGAGUUGUUUAUUGUACCUGAGUCUUUUUCCAAAAGGUUACUCCAUCAAGCGUCAGAGGCUAAUUCGUUCGUGGAUAGCCGAGGGAUUUGUGAAAAAAAUAGGAGGACAAACAUUGGAAGAUAUUGCAGAAACCUAUCUGAAUAUUCUCAUUGAAAGACAUUUGGUACAAGUAAGCGAGCAGGAGAUUGACGGCCAAGUUAGAAGUUGCAGAGUUUCCAACCCUAUCCAUGAGAUUCUUGUUUCAAUGUCUAGGGGAGGGAGUUUUUCCAAAGUUCUGGAAUUCAACGACGAUGAUACAGAUUCAAGUGAAAGAGUUCGACGCCUUUCGUUUCAAAACGGUAUUACCAAAUUCAGAUGCAACAAAAACUGGAGUAAAGUUCGUUCAUGUUUCAUCUUUGGGCAGCAGGAUGAUGCAGAUAAUUCAUCAAGUUCUCGUCGCUCUCUCAUAGUUAGAACGUUCAGAAAAUCUUCAAGUUCUGGAACGGCUGGUAAUUCAUUGAAAACUGUAAUUGAGAACUUUGAAUUGCUAAAGGUUCUAGAUAUGCAAGAUACUCCUCUCAAGGACUUCUCUAAAACUGUAGGCAAACUUGUUCUCUUAAGGUGUUUAAACCUGAGUUAUACACAAGUUCAGGAAGUUCCAGGGUCAAUAGAGAAUCUUGUAUUUUUGGAAACCUUGAAUCUAAAGCACACCCAUGUUACCAAUUUGCCUAAGGGGAUUUACGAACUCCACAGAUUGCGUCAUCUUCUGGUCUCUUACCGUGAUGACGGGGAGGAACAAGGAGUGGAGGUUUCUAAACGCAUAAGAGGCUUAUCUUCUUUACAAGAGUUGUCACUCAUAAAGGUAAACAAGUCAAGAACUAUAAAAGACAUGGGACAUUUGACGCAGUUGAGGAAAUUGAGGCUGGUAGGUCUCACAAAAGAACUCGGUGAGGAGUUCUGUGAAUCAAUUCAGAAAAUGAAGGGUCUCCGGACAUUGGAUGCUAGAGCUAAAACAGAGAAGGAUUACGUUUAUUCGGAUUGCAAUAUGGAAAAACCUCCUGUAGAAAUUCAUCGGCUAUAUUUGAAAGGACGCCUAGAUUUGCUUCCGAGGUUCAUUAAUUCAAAGCUUCAAAAUCUAGUGAAGGUUGGUCUAAAGGGGUCAAAAUUGCCCGCCAAUGCGAUGCCAGUUCAGCCCUUUGAAGCUUUGCCGAGUCUAAUGGAGCUGGAAAUGGUUGAGUACUACACGGGGGAAGAGUUGGUAUUCAGAGCUGGUAAGUUCAAUAGCCUGAAGAUACUGCAUAUUGAAGAAUUUGUUGAGCUAAGUAUGGUGGUAGUGGAGGAUGAUUCAAUGCCAAAGCUUGAAAAACUAACCAUCUGUAAAUGUAAGAACUUGAAGUCAGCUUCUCCUGACAUUUUUAGUCGAGAACCACCAGUAGAAUUUUCCCAUGAUGAGAUGAAUGAGGAGUUUAUUUCCAAUCUACAAAGAGGAAAAAAAAGCAAGAAUUUUGAUGAGCAGGGCUUGGAACCAGGGAUUGGAAGCAGCCAGUACCAUCAGUGAUGCAUGCAAAAUCCUUUUUAUUUCCAAACAGGAUCGCUACAAUGUAAAGAGCAGGAGCAAUAUACUUGGUGAAGGAUAUGGUUUCGUAUAUUGUGACGGAAGAAUAUGAAGAAGAUGAAACUGGAGGUGCUUUGAAGGGGAGGAGGGCCUUUCUCAGAGUCAGAGUCCAGCAUUCAAUCUUUACCAUCAAAGCCAAUUGAAUGGUUCCUUUGUGUAAUGGAUCUAAUUGUAUUAUGUUUCAUUUAUUUUUAUCGUUCUUAUGUUCAGAGUGAAAGAUAAUGAUUGUUUGAACUUUGUCGUAUGAAUGUUUUUAUUUGCAGUCAAUAAAAGUCUUUUUUUUUUUU